ACAGCUCCGGCUCCUGCUCCGGCUCCGGUACCGGCUCUUGCUCUCCCGGGCCCUGCGCCCCGACCCCGCCGCCGCGCCUGCCGGGGGCCUCGAGCGCCCCCUCCUCGCCUCACGCUGAAGUUCCUGGCCGUGCUGCUGGCCGCGGGCAUGCUGGCGUUCCUCGGUGCCGUCAUCUGCAUCAUCGCCAGCGUGCCCCUGGCGGCCAGCCCCGCGCGCGCGCUGCCCGGCGGCACCGACAACGCCUCGGCCGCCUCGGCCGCCGGUGCCCCGGGUCCGCAGCGCAGCCUGAGCGCCCUGCAGGGCGCAGGCGGCUCGGCCGGGCCCUCGGUGUUGCCCGGGGAGCCGGCGGCCAGCGUCUUCCCGCCGCCGCCCGGGCCGCUGCUCAGUCGCUUCCUCUGCACACCGCUGGCCGCCGCUUGCCCGUCGGGGGCUGAGCAGGGGGACGCGGCUGGCGAGCGCGCGGAGCUGUUGCUGCUGCAGAGCACCGCGGAGCAGCUGCGCCAGACGGCGCUGCAGCAGGAGGCGCGCAUCCGCGCCGACCGGGACACCAUUCGCGAGCUCACCGGCAAGCUGGGCCGCUGCGAGAGCGGCCUGCCGCGCGGCCUCCAGGACGCCGGGCCCCGCCGCGACACUAUGGCCGACGGCGCCUGGGACUCACCCGCGCUGCUCGUGGAGCUGGAGAACGCGGUGCGCGCGCUGCGAGACCGCAUCGAGCGCAUCGAGCAGGAGCUCCCAGCCCGUGGGAACCUCUCCUCCUCCGCGCCAGCCCCUGCUGUGCCCACCGCCCUGCAUUCCAAGAUGGACGAGCUAGAAGGCCAGCUGCUGGCCAAGGUGCUGGCACUGGAGAAGGAACGUGCUGCCCUCAGUCAUGGCAGCCACCAGCAACGACAGGAAGUGGAGAAGGAGCUGGAUGCCCUGCAGGGUCGCGUGGCUGAGCUGGAGCACGGGUCCUCGGCCUACAGUCCCCCAGAUGCCUUCAAGGUCAGCAUCCCCAUCCGCAACAACUACAUGUAUGCCCGUGUGCGCAAGGCAGUGCCAGAACUCUACGCCUUCACUGCCUGCAUGUGGCUGCGCUCCAGGUCGGGUGGCUCUGGCCAGGGCACCCCCUUCUCCUACUCGGUGCCCGGGCAGGCCAAUGAGAUCGUGUUGCUGGAGGCCGGCCUUGAGCCAAUGGAACUGCUGAUCAACGAUAAGGUGGCCCAGCUGCCUCUGAGCCUGAAAGACAGCAACUGGCACCAUAUCUGCAUCGCCUGGACUACAAGGGAUGGGCUGUGGUCUGCAUACCAGGACGGAGAACUGCGGGGUUCUGGUGACAACCUGGCAGCCUGGCACCCCAUCAAACCACAUGGCAUCCUUAUCCUGGGCCAAGAACAGGAUACCUUGGGAGGCCGAUUUGAUGCCACGCAGGCCUUCGUCGGUGACAUUGCACAGUUCAACCUGUGGGACCACGCUCUGACACCUGCCCAGGUGCUGGGCAUUGCCAACUGCACCGGGCCACUCAUGGGGAAUGUCCUCCCCUGGGAAGACAAGCUGGUAGAGGCCUUUGGAGGUGCGAAGAAGGCCGCCUUUGAUGUGUGCAAGGGAAGGGCUAAGGCAUGAGGGGCCACCUCAUUCAGGGCCCCUCCCUUGCCUGUCAGUUUGGGGACUUAGAAGGGGCACUUCCCUCCUCAGCCUGUCCACAUGCUGGCCUUCCCUCCUACCCCACCCCUGGCCAUACCUCCCACUUCUCCUCACGGCCCCCCACUUCCCAGAAUGCCCUGCCCUGGAUGGAUGUCCCCUCAGCCACCUGGAUAGGGGCUAGUAUCUCACACCAAUUGGUCCAAUGUAGGGGUUGAGGCAGUCCUGCCUCCUGGCAACAUAUUGGCUUGGUCUCUCCCCUCUCAUACACUGUCCCGCUGAUCACAUAGGAUCUCACUAAUUCCAAGGACAUCCCCUGAGGGAUCGUGGGUAGAAGUGGCCUUUGACCCUCACAUCCCUUGUGCUUCAGGCCUACAUCAGGCUGUAGAAAGGAUGCCAGAGAUGUAUGAGACCAGAUGCUCUUCCUCUGUCUUAAUCAGUUGCCCACAGGGGCUGCAGGGUCAUCUCGCCAACUGCCCCUGCCUCCUCCUCCCUCCUCUCACAGUUUCUCUGUGUGUUGUGGUUUGAAUGUUGGUUGGAUGUCAGUUCAAGCCCCACCUCAGCUCCCUUCCCAGCCCCUACCCUAACAGCUAGGGACCAAGACCCCGGAGGCCAAAGGGCUGUAAUCAACCCCUGUACCCACUGGUAACUUUGCCCACAGCAUGGUUGUCCAUCCCCUCCAUGCCUGACACAGGACCUGCUGGGUCACUCUAGCCUAUCCUGAGAGCAUCCAAAACAGAAGCACACUAUGACUGAGGAGACACUUCCCUGGCAGAGCCCAGUUGCUUAGCCACCAUAUCAUCUCUUUCUGCGUGGCCUUGGGAAGGAUGGAGGAUGCUGGGACGGAGAAUAGAGCACUGAGUGAGAGAGAGAACCACUUGGUUCCUAUGACUUGCUGUGUGGCUUUCGGUAAAAACCUACCCUCUCUGGGCCUCACUUUCUCCUAGUUCCUACCAACUUUCCUAAGAGCACAGAAGAUUGUUAGAGCAGAGAGAGGCCAUCCAUUGUAAGCUCUUGCUGGUAGAAGAUGGGAAAGAGCAGAGAGAGCGCAAUUAACUUGACCAGGAUCAAAAAGCACAACAUGGCAGGCCUUCGGCCUCUGAGUCCCUCCAAAGUGCUCCUCCCUGUGAAUCACACUGCCUGUCCUUGAGGGCCUUUGAGCCCAGCUCAAACCUGUGCAGGGAGGCACUUGAGAGGACACAUGCUUUUCAACAGGGCACCAGAAUCUCUUUAAGGGACAACCCAACACAUUGACAGCCUCAGGAGGUGAGGGAAAGAGCCCAGACAGGCAGCGGAGGAUGCAGGGCCCUGUUGGUCCUCUCCCAAGUAUAGGAGCAGUAGCAGGUCAGCUGAACAGUGGGUACUGGUGCCUCUGCCCCCCACCCCUGACACACUUUUGUCCUUCUCUGUGCUCUCCAUGGCCACUCGGCCCGAGACAUGACGCUGGAGAGGCUGCCGCCCAUGCCUGGGAAUCGUGUCAAAGACUUGCCUCUGGCCUGUAGAUCUGUGUUUCCAUUUUGAGAGCAACUACAGGGCUCGGCACCUCCAUCCCCAUCCCUCGGAGGUAGCUGCAGAGGCUUCACCCAGACCUGCUGAGAUCCCGGUUGCCCAGUAACAACCAAUGACAUCAGCCCCAGUCUUGGGUCAAGUGUCUGUCGGUGAGGACACCGCUUGUUGCUGAGUGACAGCUGGAUUCAGAACUUAGACCUGGGGGACUCUGAGCCUCACCGGGCUCUUGCUAUUGUUCUAGAAGAGGCCUUUGCUAUUUAUUGAUUUAGAGGAGGCCUUGGGAAGACAGAGUCUUAGGAAGGAUGCAGCAGAAACUGCCUCGUCAUUUGAGCCCACCAGACACACCAUCUCUGUCCUUCCUGCUUUGUCUCAGUGGUGAUGAGAAAGGACACCUCAGUCACAUUCCCAUGCCAGGUCAUCCUGGUUAAACUUCCACCUCCCCACCCCCACCCCCACCCAGGAGGAAAAAAAUGGAGACACGGACUCAUGGCUAUGGGUAUGGAUGACUGGGGAAGGGGCGGCCUCUCUAUUUCCAAAGUCCCCACCUGCUGUCACCUACUGUGCUAUGGAUUUUGCCUGAGCACGUGGAGUGCCACUCAGUCUUCUGCCGCUCCUGAGCACAUCCAACAAGACAAGCCCUGAGCUGCCCCUGGGUCUGACGAAGAUAGAACUAGGCCGGCUAGAUAGUCUUAGACACUGAACCCGCAGAGUGCUGUAUCCGCACCAUCUGCGUUACCUCACAGCACAGUUACAAGACAAGACUGUUCUUAGCCCUGUGAUGCAGAAGAAUGAGACUCGGGGAGGUAAAGUAACUUGCCUGGUGUCAGUUGGCCAGCUGGGGACAGCACGAUUUCCAUUUGGAGGCAGAUUACAUGCCUAAAGGACGGAGUCAUCUCCUUCAGAGUUCAGAAGGAGCAGAGGUGGGGUGUGGGGCUCGAGGCUGGGGAAGGGGUCUCUCAUCUAUGCCCAGCCUCAGCCUCAGGCUGAGCUGCAGUCUUCAGGGCAAGAGAGGAGUAUCUCCAGAGUGAACUCGGAAAGGCAGGGUGAAAGUGAUUCUUCCUCAGCCCCUGUUCUGGGCAAGGCCUAGGUCAGGUUCUCUAAGCUGUUUUCUGCCAGAUUCCCCACCUGUGAGGCAUGGAGUGGCCUCUCCCAUGUCCCAAGGGAUUAUCUUAACAGUUACACAUGACCGGGGACCACAGACUAAGGUGUGAGGAUCUGGGAGGUGGGGUUGGGGGUUGGCAACUCAACCAUCGGCUUGUAGAUGAGGAAGCUGAGGCCUAGCUUGGCACUCCCCUGACUGUCCUCUUCUCCAGGACCCAGAGGCCACUCCCCUACCCCCAGACUGGGUUUUACCUACUAGUCCCAGCACCUUUGACGUGAGAAAACUGGAGAAGGGUCUCCUCCCAGAUAAGGGGCUAGUGUCCUCCUCGCCCCCAACUCCAGCUGCCUGCCACCCCAGAUCCCACCUCCCACCCACCCUGUUCCCUGCCCCUGCUGGGGGAAGAACAGGUUCCUUCACAGGCUGAGCAGCCAGCAGCGAGUAUGGUUGGACACCGAGAUGAGUACCCUCCACCGCCCCCUUCCCCACUUCGCUCUACUUUGUAUAUAAGUGACAUGAGAUGCUCUGUGUGUGUGAGCGCGUGAGUGACCUGUGCCAUGGCUUUUGUUACCAUUUCUUGUUUUUUGUAAAUUUGAACGUUCAAAAUAAACAUGUGGUUUACUCGGAGAA